AUCGGGAGUACGCUGGUCUUUCUUACUAAUAAUAAUAUAAUUAUUUAAUUUUGUUGAUACUUAUUUCGUACUUCUAACUGACUCUGACAAAGGCCCUAGAGGCUUCUAUUUCUCCAAUAUAAUAAUAGUGCUGUACGCUCGUCUCGUUGUGGUAUUUGUUUUGAGUCCAUUGGAGCAUAUUUGUUUUUGCACACCGCACGGCUGCCGUGAUGGACGUGACGCACGCGUGUCGCUGCUGCCUGCAGUGUGCUCCGGACAAGGACCUGACGGCACCGUACACUCAUCUCGGCAAAACAGAGAUAUAUGCUGACAUGAUCAGAGAGAGCUUUGAUAUACAUCUGGUGGUGGGCGGCGCGGGCUCGUGCGGCAUCUGCUCGGCGUGCGUGGGCCGCCUGCGAGAUGCGAGCGACUUUAAGCUGCAAGUGCAGCGCAGCCAGGCGGAGCUGCAGGCGCGCACGCAGGGAGACAGCAUGGAAGAGGAAGAAUCUGCAGUCAAGUCAGAAAAUCCAGAAAUGCAGGAUGAAGACGGGACUAGUGAUCCUGUAUCGGGUGAAGACAACAUACAAGUCAAACUAGAGACGCUGGAUAAAGAUGGAGCCCCUGAUAUGUUGCAUGAAGAGCUCAUAAUCAAGCCAGAAACUGUGGACGAAGAUGAGAUGUUAUUGGAGGAGCGGGCAGUCAAGUCGGAGCUGUCGGACGAGGCGAGUGACGAGGACUGCGUGUCGGUGUGUUCGGACGGCAGCGCCGCCCGCGCCAGGGAACAGCUCGCGAUGGGUUGUUUCGUGGUGCUCGAGCGCCUCCGCGACGACGCGACUGUUCACAGAGGAAACAAACCAUAUAGCUGCGAACACUGUGGAAAACGUUUCAUAAAGAAGUCUAUUUUAAGGAAACACAUACACAAUACUCACUUGUCGAGUAGACCCAAAGAAUUUGCUUGUGAUUUUUGUAAUUCUACAUUCCAAACUGAAUCGCUUGUAUUAGAGCACGAAAACAGCGAACACGGUGUUAGAAAUUUCAUGUGUGCUGAAUGUGAUUAUACAACGAUUAACAAGAGAAAUUUGCGAACUCAUUUAAUAAAUCACUGCAGUUACGGAAGUCCGUUUAAAGGUGAUUUACACAAACACCAAGCAAUACAUACUGAAGAAGAGUCUUGUAAGUGUAGGGACUGUGAUUUUAAAUGCAGUACUGAAUCAAACCUGCGACGUCACCAGAAGAUGCACGAACGAAGACGCCAAAUGAUACAUACUGGAAAAAAACCUUACAAAUGUAGUAGUUGUGACUACAACUGCAGAACUAUUUAUAGGUUACGAAGACAUGAAAGGGUGCAUACUGGAGAAAAGCAUUUUGCAUGUAGCUACUGUGAUUACAAAAGCAGUGACAAAUCAAACUUACGAAAGCACAUAAGAAUACACACCGGAGAAAAGCCUUACAAAUGUAGUCACUGCGACUACAAGAGCAGUAAGAGUGAACACUUACGAAGUCACGAAAGGACACAUACUGGCGAGAAGCCUUAUACGUGUAGCUACUGUGAUCACAAAUGCAAUUUUAAACGCGACUUACAAAGUCACAUAACAAUACACACCGGAGAAAAGCCUUACAAAUGUAGCUAUUGCGACUACAGGUUCAGGUGGACAGGAAACUUACGAAAACACCAGAGGAUACACACCGGAGAGAAGCCGUACACAUGCAGUCAUUGCGACUACAAGUGCAGUCAGAGUUCAGGCUUACGCAAACACGAAAUGAUACAUACUGGCGACAAGCCUUUUCAGUGUAGUCACUGUGAUUACAAGUGCCGUCAGAGUUCAUACUUACGCAUACACGAAAGGAUACAUACUGGCGAUAAGCCUUAUCAGUGUAGUCACUGUGAUUACAAGUGCAAUCAGAGUUUUGACUUACGCAAACACGAAAGGAUACAUACUGGCGAUAAGCCUUUUCAGUGUAGUCAUUGUGAUUACAAGUUCCGUAACAGUUCAGACUUACGCAAACACGAAAGGAUACAUACUGGCGAUAAGCCUUUUCAGUGUAGUCACUGUGAUUACAAGUGCAAUCGGAGUUCAGGCUUACGCAGACACGAAAGGAUACAUACUGGCGAUAAGCCUUUUCAGUGUAGCCACUGUGAUUACAAAUGCAUUCAGAGUUCACAUUUAAAAACACACCAGAGGAUACACACUGGAGAAAAGCCUAUCAAAUGUAAGUAAAUUAAUUGAGGUGCAAUUCUGUAAAUCGCUGUACUGGCGAUAAGCCUUUUUAGUGUAGUCACUGUGAUUACAAGUGCAAUCGGAGUUCAGACUUACGCAAACACGAAAGGAUACAUACUGGCGAUAAGCCUUAUCAGUGUAGUCACUGUGAUUACAAGUGCAAUCAGAGUUCAGACUUACGCAAACACGAAAGGAUACAUACUGGCG